UAUGACAAUGGACGCACGUAGACGAGACAGAGAGCAAAUUGGGUUAUGUGGUGUCGAUAGAAUUUGGGGUAAAUCGCCAACACGAAUCGAAGACUCAGAAGAAGAUGAGGAGAUUAAUAAAUACAAAGAUAGUAUUAUACCAAAGGAUAGAAAAAGAAAACAUGAGAUGAAGAAAAAGAAAAGUAAGAAAUUAAAGAAGGAAAAGAAAGCUAAGAAGGAAAAAAAGAAGAAAAAGAAAAAGAAAAAGUCAGAUACCAGUUCUGAUACUGAGCCUGAAGAAUUGGAGUGGGUAGAAAAGAAUGGAGUUAAUGAUAAAACAAAAGUUAAGAGAGGAUCAAGCUCAGAUGACAGUGGAGAUGAAAGCAUAGUAGGGCCAGUUCAAAAACCACAUGUGACGUUAUCUGCUAAAGACUUUGGCAAAGCUCUGUUGCCAGGUGAAGGUGCAGCUAUGGCUGCAUAUGUAGCAGAAGGAAAACGUAUACCUAGGAGAGGUGAAAUUGGUUUGACUUCAGAAGAGAUUGCAGCAUAUGAAUCUGUUGGCUAUGUCAUGAGUGGCAGCAGACAUCGACGAAUGGAAGCUGUUCGUAUUCGUAAAGAGAACCAGAUUUAUUCAGCUGAUGAAAAACGAGCGUUGGCUAUGUUUAGUAAAGAAGAACGACAAAAGAGAGAGAAUCUUAUUUUGGGACAGUUUAGAGAGAUGGUUAACCAGAAAUUGGCUCAGGAACAGAAAAAAAAGUAA